GGCACUGGCAGGCGGCAGGUGCCGUGGUCGCCAGCGGAUGGUCGCUCCUUGCGCCUCGCGAACGCUUCUGGGCGCAUAAACCUCCUUCGGAUCCUUCCAAUGUUAUUGAGAAUUAUUGUCAGAGUUGAGGAGGAGUUGCGGCUGCGGAUUAAAUAAAACAAUUCUAUUUGAAUUCACUACUACGUAAAUAUGGAAGGUAACCCAGAAACGCCUCUGUCUUGUGAUUCAGACAAAUCUGUAAAUCAUAAUGGUGAUAUCCCAGUCUCAUCUGAUGUAGCAACAGUACCAGCGUUAAAAGAUGCCCUUAACACUCCUGAUAGCAUGAGGCCCAUGUUGAAGACAGAAGCUGCUUCAGAAGAUGAGUUUGACACUAUUGGCAGCAUGAAGGUCACAAGUAAGACAAGUAAAACAGUCAAAGAAGAUGACUCUGACACUUCUGAUAGUAUUGAGACUACAGUUAAGAAUGAAGAUGACUUUAAAGCUCCAGCAGAUAUACCUUUUAAGAAACCCAUCUUCAUUAGCAGAACCAUGAGACUAAAUACUAAGUGUGAUGAAACCCAAAGUAAUAGAAGCACUGCAGAAAAGGAAAAUAAAAAUAUAAUUUCUGAGUCUGUAAAUACAUCAAAAUUACUGGAGAAGUCUCCGGCACAAAAGUUAAUUGAGAAGGCUGUUCCAAUUCCAUAUAAGGAACCAACAUGGAGUGGAUUGCCACCUGCUGAUUAUUCUUUUGAAGUUCUGAAGAAUGGAACUAUUGUUGAAGUAAUUAGUUUGAAUAAACCAUUUUCAGUUGUUGGCCGCCUAGCCCAGUGUGACAUUGUUAUGGAACAUCCGUCACUAUCACGAUUUCACUGUGUUAUUCAGUAUAGACUGGAGGCUAGUGAAACACACCCACAAGGAUUUUAUGCAUAUGACCUUGGGAGCACACAUGGCUCUUUCCACAAUAAGCAUCCGAUGAAGCCUCACACUUAUUACCGUUUAAGAGUUGGUCACAUGCUAAAGUUUGGUUGCAGUACUCGGAUGCUGAUUCUACAAGGUCCACAGGAUGACCAGGAACCUGAAUCAGAAUUAACUGUGUCAGAACUAAUGGCCAAGGCAGCAGAGCGUGCCAAGAAACUGGACCAACUAGAGACGGGAGAGCUGGAAGAAGUCAACCUUGAGAAACCGGAGGAAGAAUCAAAGGGGGAUGAGAAACCCCAAGUGGACACAGAAGGAGUAGAUUGGGGAAUGGGAGAGGAUGCAGAAGAGGAGCCAGAGGAAGAAGAAAAUCCAUUUGCUUCUCUCAACGAAGAGCUGUAUCUGGAUGACCCCAAAAAGACACUGCGUGGAUGGUUUGAGCGAGAGGGCUAUGAUCUUCCCAAUUAUGUAACUGACGACCUCAGCCCAGGGUUCUACAGGUGUAAAGUGGAACUUCCUAUUCCUGGCCCUGGCAAUGGCCCAUUAGUUGCCAUUAUUGAACACAGAGGAAAAAAGAAAGAGGCAGUAAUACAGUGUGCUCUUGAGGCUUGCAGGCUGCUUGACAGGCAAGGUGUUCUUCGGCAAGCAAAGCAUGAGAGCCAUGAAAGAAAAAAACGUGACUGGGCUGAAAAUGACUACUAUGACUCCGAAGAGGAUGAUUUCUUAGACCGCACUGGAGACGUUCAGAGAAAGAGAAUAAGACGUAUGAAAGAUGCUGGUGGAAAGGACAGUGCUUUUGUGGAAAACUAUGAUACUUUGAUAACAAAAUAUAGCGAAGUUGUAAGGGAAUUAGCAACACUGGAGGAAAAGCUUGCCGAGGCAGACUUUCUAAAACAAGCAUCCAAGGGUAACAGUGGAGCCGAUGAUGAUCUGGAUGCUUACCUAAACAAGUUGAAGUCACAAGUACCAGACAAACACAAGCGCGUCACUUGGAAGUUACGAGCUGUAGAUUUACGAAAAGAUGAGUUGAGGUUGCGCAGACUUGCAAAUAUUGCCCGUCCACUUGGUGUUCCAGAGAUGCAGCCGUACGAGCCCAAAUACGAACCUUCAAGCAGCAAGCAAAGCCUAAAGCCAGAGUCUCUUGGAGCGAAGCGCAAAGAAGCUAUGAAAUCUGCAUUUCUUUCAACACAGCCAAAGGAACCUUGUUUCAAACCCCACAAGAUUUUCAUGGAAGAGGAACCAGAGCAGAAGCCGCGGCUCAGAAGGCUGGAUGAUGAUGAUGAUGAUGAGCCUCCAGUUCGAUUUUCUCAAGCACCCGCACGUAAAGGCAAACCCCCAAGACAAAAUAUUAAAUAUGACAAAAUAAAAAAGUCUGAAUUGGGAGUGCCAGGAAGUUCAGAUAGUAAAACAAACAAAUACAACAAAUCUAGUUUAGUAGAGUUCAUUAAGGAUGAAUCCUUGUCUAGAAAGGUUUUGGCUGUGAAAGAAUCAGAACUACCAUCUCCAGACUUGCACCAUGCUGGAAAAAGUAAUGUAAGUGGAAAUGAUUCAAAAUUAAAUAAAGACAGAGAAAUUGUUCAUGCUGUUGGUAAUCAUACUCAGCACGAGAGUAAUAACAAUGAUGAAGCUGAAGGAAAUAGCAGCAGCGGUGACAUUACCAUUUGUGAAAGAUCAAAUAUCUCAAAAAUUUCCCCAAGCAAAGAUUUAUCAUCUGAAAACAUACAGGACAGCCCUUCAGAGAAGAAAUUGAGAAUUAUAGGUCCCAGUUUGCCUCUACACUUGGCACACCUGAAGACUGGACAUCAGGAUCGUGCAGGGAAAAGAAAAAAACAAGAAAAAAGCAGAAAGUAUGAUGAAGAUAAUCCAAAUUAUGAUACUUGGACCCCACCACAGCGACAGUCUGGAGAUGGACGCACCAAAUUAAAUGAGAAAUUGGGAUAUUAAUUAACAAAAUAAAGCGAUUCUCAAAAGAACAUAUUUGACUGGAAUAAGCAUAAUAUGUUAUUAGGGGUUCCUUGGUAAUUCUUUUACCUCUGAACUGUGAUAUUUAUAAUUUUUAUUUGCCUAGCUAAACCUCACACAGGCCACAGCUAUUUUAACUUUUAUUGAAGCAAAUUAAUUCACUGGUUGGGUUUGUCUUCUAGUACUUUUAUUUAUUUGUUGAAUGGUAAGUUUGUGAUAAACAUUUCAAGUGGAUAUAAAAAAAUCAAGACCUACAAAUUGGUAUGUUUUUGCUUCAUUGACACAACGUACAGUACCACCAGUGGUUGAUGAAUUAUUCUUUUUAAAUUGCUGGCUAAAAUGAGCAACACAGGUAGCUAUGUCAAAUCAUUAUAACCUUGUAGGGUUGAACUGUUUACUGAUGUGGAGUUAGCAGCAACAUUAAUAUAAGCUUUGUUAAUUAAAGUAAAGGAUGCAAAGAUUAAAGUGUGUGUUUUCUAAUGGAUGUUUGAUAAUGACAAAGGUGUGUAAUGUCUUCAAGGCUUUAUAUAACACAUGCUAUAUUAGAUGGAGAUACUUGAGAGGAGAAUGAGCAUGUGUAUAGGACAAGCAAGACUGAGAGUUGGAUGGAAAAAAUAAACAUGGUUACUAUUAUUUAGUCCCAUUUACUGAUGACUUAGAAAUAAUGGCAGACAGCAAGGAGAGUUGGAGAAAGUGGUGAAUGAGUUGUGCAGUGUGUGUG